GCAGCGUGGCUCUCGAUCUGUAACAAAACCCUCUCCCCCCCUUUGUCGCCUGGGCAACGAGCAGCGAACCUCGCCGGGCAGAGUUUGAUGGGGCCGAUGAUACCUUGGGGAGACUCAUUUUGCAGUGGCGAGGAAUAAACCCAGCUAUUGGGAAUGGUGAUCAGAUGUUGUAUGCUCUCAGCCAGUUUACUCAAGAUCUAGAUAUCACAGCUCACAGAUCUUCCAUCGUGCUGGAUGAAAAUUCCCAACAAAAUUCUGCCACAUCUAGAAGAAUUCAGUUUGAAAAACACUUCUGUAUCUUUCCUAUGCUGCAUUUUAGAUCAUAUGUGUCAUAUUUAGGAGACUGUCCCUAUGUUGACGUUGAGCAAAAUUUGAGAAGUGUAGUGCAAAUUUAUGCCAGGCAGGGAGUUUAAGAUUAGACUUUUGUCUUAGCAGGAAAUAUGAGAAAUAUAAGAAUAUGAGAAGAAAGGUUUGGUGAUAUAAAGCAGGGCCCCAAAUCUCUGGGCUGCAGUCCUGUAUCAGUCUACGGCCCAUUGGGAAUUGGGCCGCACAAACUGUGGGCUUCAUUAGCCCAUGCACAGGAUCUAAGUUCCGUAUGAAACCAUCCUCCUACCGCCACUGACAUCACCUCGGCCACCUCUGCCAGUCCAUGGAGCUAGAAAGAACAAAUACUGAAGCAAGUAGCAACAUCAGAUAAUCCAGUGCUCUUUCUUGAACAUUAUGCCAGGCAGUGUACGCCAACAUAUAUCCCAAGUAAGGACACUGUACAAAAAGAUCCUUCAGCUUCAUCAAGUGUUGCCACUGGAACUGAAAGCCCUGGGAGAUCAAUAUGUGAAAGAUGAAUUCAGACGACACAAAUCCAUCAGUCUCCAGGAGGCCCAGCAUUUCCUACAGGAGUGGGAGAACUACGCGAUGAUGCUUCAGCAGCAGGCUAAUCAACAUGAGCAAAACACCACUAAUCAGCCUGAUUUUGGAGCACAUCUCACAAAGGAGAAACUUAAUGCCCUUCGAGAUGAGCAAGUUGGACAGCUAUAUGAACUAAUGCGAGAGACCACAAAAACCAAGAGACAGUUCAGUGUUUUAGAUGAUGGAGACAGCAAACAUUAACACAUUUUUUGAAUUUCAUUUUAUGAUUGCUUACUGGAAUGCAAAUCAAAGCUUCAGGCUGACGAACCAAUGAUCAAAUACACAAGAAUACAGUAUGACCAUUGCUGUUAUGUGAAGAGGAAAUUUAUUUUCUCCACUGCACCCCAAAAAGGACAUACUGGUAUAUAUUAAAUUCAGUCAUUAAUAUUGGGACAGUCCAUUUAUUGACAGACUUGGAAUAAUAAUAUUCUCAUGAAUCUUUGUUUUGGGCAAAUGUAUUGGUCUCCUCUUUGUUUCCAGCCCCAGUGCAAAGUUGGUUUUCUGUUUUCUUUUAAGAUUCUAUACCCUUGUAUCCUGCUUUUCUCACAAUCUUCCUCCCCCCCAUUACUUUGAUACCCUCAGGUUUUCUUCCUGCAGAAUCCUUGCUUUAGGAGGAAAUUUAAGAAGAGUAGUAGAAUAGGACGAACUCCCAGUUUUCCAUUAAUCUCCCCCUCACCCCAUGGCUCAUGAUCUAUUGCUGAAUUCAUUUAAUUACCUUCCUAUUCAGUAUAUUAA